AUGGUCGACAUCGUCCCCCUAAGCAGCUACCCCUCCUACAUCGACCUCCUCCCCGGCAUCCAAACCUGCAACAUCACCAACCUCCCCGAAAACUACUUCCUGAAAUACUACCUCUACCACGCCCUCACCUGGCCGCAGCUGUCCUUCGUCGCCGUCGUCCGCCCCAAGAACGGAUACACACAGAACACCGGCCGGCAGGCGGGCGGGAAGCCCGGGAGCGGGGAUCUGUCGGGCCAGUAUCCCAAGGUUGUUGGGUAUGUGUUGGCAAAGAUGGAGGAGGAGCCGACGGAUGGGAUGCAGCAUGGGCAUAUUACGAGUAUUAGUGUUAUGAGGACGCACAGACGACUGGGGAUUGCAGAGAGGUUGAUGCGGAUGAGUCAACGCGCAAUGGCCGAAUGCUACCGCGCAAACUACGUCUCCUUGCACGUCCGUGUCUCCAACAACGCCGCCCUGCGCCUCUACCGCGACACGCUCGGCUUCCAGGUCGAAAACAUCGAGGGCAAGUACUACGCCGACGGCGAGGACGCGUACGCCAUGCACAUGGACCUGUCGCCCAUGUGGGUUGACUGGAGCGCGAUUGAGAAGGCGGACCGCGAGCGCGAGCAGAAGGAGAACGGGGAGGCGGCGGAUGAGGGCGAUGAGGUUGGGGAUUUGGGGAAGAAGGAUGCUGAGAAGAUGGUUAAGGUGAAGAUGGGGAGGGCGCUGGGGGUGGGGGAUCUGGUUGAGAAGAAUGAGUCGCAGGUUUAG